AUGAGCACAAAGUGCAACCUCUGUCAUGACACCUUUACGAUUCCUAAGGUCUUGUCAUGCUUGCACACGUUCUGUCAGCCAUGUCUCGAGAAGGACUGUAACGAUAAAGUAAAAUGUCCGCAGUGCGGGACAGAGACUCAGCUACCUCCAUCGGGGAUAAUGGGCCUCCUAAGCGAUUAUGCUAUCUCGAACAUGUUAGAGAACGUUGCAUUAGAUAGUGGGACCCACUCCUGUACUUCAUGCAGAAGCAGAGAAUCUGCGGCUAUUGCGCGUUGUUUUGACUGCGCCAACUUUUUAUGUCCUAACUGCGUUAUGGCUCACCAGUUCAUGCAUUGCUUCGAAGGCCACAGAGUGAUGACCCUAUGCGAGUUGCAGAGGUCGAAGGACGCGUCCGCAGGCGGCGAACUUAAGCCUGAGAAGCCGGUAUCCUGUCUGCGUCACAAAAACGAGUCCCUCAACUUCUUCUGCCACACGUGCAACCUGCCCAUCUGCAACGAGUGUACAUUGCUCGACCAUCCGAAGGGAUUGCACGACUACGAUCUCCUCGCGGAGAUCGCUCCGAAACACGUCGAAGGAUUGACCCAUCUCAUCGAGGAAGGACGUCUCAAAACCCGGGAGCUCAAGGGCUCUCUGAAGACCGUCGAACAGACCCAGAACCGACUGCAGAUGGCCUAUCAUAAGGCGCAAAGCGAAGUUGGUGCGACCUUUCAGUUCUAUCGGUCGUUGCUCGACGAGAGACGACAGGAAACUCUGAAAGAUCUCGAGAACAUCUACAAUACGAACGCGUUGAACUUGAACGUUCUUCAGAAAAACGUGCAGGACACCAUCGAUAAGAUCAACAGGGUCUCGGAGUUUGUCGGACGACUCACCAAGUUCUCAUCGAACACCGAGAUAAUGGUUUUCAAGCAGCUGCUCGACUCGAAAUUCCAGAACAUUCUAUCCUACCAGCCCGACAUAAACUCAAUGGACCAAACGGAUCUCGAGUUCGCUUCGAACUACCAGGCGAUUCAAGCCGCCGUGCGCGUCACGUUCGGUUACAUAAAACAAGGCGAUGCGGCUUCGCAAGCGCUCCCGUCGUCGGGGAACAACGCCGUCAGCGCGGCGAACGGCGUCGACAUGGGCACGGUGAUCGUGUCGAAACCGAUGCCACCCAUCGCGAGACCGAACGGAGGCGUCAUCUCGGGCUCUAAUCCGAUGUAUUCGUCCAAUCCGAACAACAUCACCUCGUUGGGCUCGAUGUGUCUCUCAAAUUCGUACAGCAAUACGCUGUCCUCGUCCAUGGCUCCCUCGAACCCGGCGGCCCUUCAGACGAUUUUCGAUUCGUCCACGCUCACGAAGAGGCUCUCAUCCGCCAGUAGUCUCGGCCCGUUCUCAACUUCGCUUGAUCUCAAUCCCUACGAGAAAUGGUCAACCGGAGGUUGUGGUGACAUUUUCAACUCGUCGCUCAUGCCGGGAACGAACAGCAUGCCCUCAUCGGACUUUCCCAUGACAGCGGAUUCAGUCGGCGUAGGCGCCACCGUCGGUGUGUCUCCCGUCACGGUAGCUCCCAAUGUAGAUUUGAGCUCGAAAUUCGGCCAACCUUCAGCUUAUCCGCUUAAGUCUCAACUGAAGCGUCAGAAGAUGAUCUAUCACUGCAAGUUUGGCGAGUUCGGUGUUAUGGAGGGCCAGUUCACGGAACCCUCAGGCGUGGCCGUCAACGCGCAGAACGACAUCAUCGUCGCUGACACGAACAACCAUCGCAUCCAGAUAUUCGAUAAAGAGGGUCGCUUCAAGUUCCAAUUCGGCGAGUGUGGGAAAAGGGAUGGCCAACUGCUAUAUCCCAACCGAGUGUCUGUAGUGAAGACAUCUGGAGACAUAAUCGUGACAGAACGCAGCCCCACGCAUCAGAUUCAAAUUUAUAACCAAUACGGACAGUUCGUUCGCAAAUUCGGUGCCAACAUUCUGCAGCACCCCCGCGGCAUAACUGUGGACAAUAAAGGGCGCAUCAUCGUCGUGGAAUGCAAGGUGAUGCGCGUAUUGAUAUUCGAUCAAGCGGGUAAUGUCUUGCAGAAGUUUGGUUGCUCCAAGCAUCUUGAGUUCCCGAACGGCGUCGUCGUCAACGACAAGCAAGAGAUAUUCAUCUCGGAUAACCGAGCUCAUUGCGUCAAAGUCUUCAACUACGAUGGACUUUUCCUCCGCCAAAUCGGAGGAGAAGGAGUGACGAACUACCCUAUCGGUGUCUGCAUCAACCAACAGGGUGAGAUUUUGGUUGCCGACAAUCACAACAACUUCAAUAUCACCAUUUUCACGCAAGACGGCCAGCUUGUAAAUGCGCUCGAGUCCAAGGUGAAACACGCGCAAUGUUUCGACGUAGCCCUCAUGGACGAUGGCAGCGUCGUGCUCGCUUCGAAGGACUAUCGACUCUACAUUUACCGAUACAUACAGGUGCCUGCCCUGUCGCUUUAG